CAGCCACUAGCCAGCCGUUGUGUGUGUGUGUGUGUGUGUGUGUGUGUGUGUGUGUGUGUUUCACCAAAGAACUACAUUUUAGCAUGGAGAACACGCACCGUGGUGAAAACAUUCACCGUCAGUGAUAAGUAGCGUGACUGCGCCUUGCCUGUGGACUGUAGAAUGAAGUACGGAUCGGUGGUUCUUACGGCUGGGUUUACGGGCUUGCUCAGUUUUUGCCUCCUCGCUGUAGCAAUAGGGACUGAUUACUGGUACAUAAUCGACGUGAAUAAACCGAACUACACGGGUCCAGAUGACCUGAGUUCACAUUCCGGACUGUGGAGAAUUAAUGAAGGGAAAAAACGGAGUUCAUUCAUUCCCACUUUCACAGCAAAUAUGUCUACCCUGUCAGAGGCAGAAAGGCAGCUUCUUGGCUUGCAUAAAACGGUCGUCAUUAUGUUGCCCCUCAGCCUGGUCCUGCUAGUGUUGGGCUGGAUCUUUGGACUUGUCAGCUCGUUGGCAUGCAGUCCCACCUUGCUGGUUGCGGCAGCCUCACACUUUCUUCUCUGCAGUCUUUUCACCCUGUCCGGGGUCAGCAUCUACAUCAAAUACUCAAAUCAGGCCAUGGAGGAGUUCCAGCAGAUUGUCCCCCCUGAGAAUCUUGUUUACGUUGAUGUGUCAUUUGGUUGGUCAUUAGCCACGGCCUGGCUCUCCUACAGUCUGGAGGUGGCAACUGGACUACUGCUCAUGCUGGCUGCAAGAAUAAUUCAAAUGAAGGGAAAUUAUGACUCUGGUGUAACCAUCACCGUGUUAUAAACUGACAUAAUCUAGCGUCCAUGUGAAACUAACAAACAUCAACAUAAAGCAUAGUAUUGAAACAAUGUUAGCUCAGUAUUUGACUUUUAGAGUGACAUUACAGUGUUAGUGUCUCAUGCUUCCAAAUGUCUGUACCCAACCUAAGAAAUGCACUGAUGAUGAAAACAGGGCUGAAAAUGUGUGAAUGCGUUGCCUGAUGACUCUAAACUGUAAUAUUAUGUCUGUUUGACUUUUUGUCUCUGUAUCAGUGCAGAGUGCCAUGAAAAUACAAUGGUGAAGAUAAGAUAGUACUUUAUUGAUCUUCAUUGAAGAAAUUCAAAUAGCACUUACAUUACGUUUGAUGUUUUUUUUCUUUUCAGAAAUGUUACGUGAUUUUAUUUUAUUUUAUUGUUGUGUUAUUUAUUGUCUGUGUAUUUAUCUUACUUUUACUUUAAAGCACUUUGGUUCACCUGUGGGUUGUUGUGCUAUAUAAAUAAAGUUUACAUUUACAUUCACAUAA